GAGGAUUUGUGCUCCAUGUGCUCUGGAGAUUUAUUACAGGUCAUAACUUUUUUCCCCGGAUGGCUCCUUUAAAAUCAUCGAAAGGCGUGGCUAUUCUUUUUUUUCCCCCUGAUUCAGCAGAUGCCGGAGCCAAAGCAAGGACUUUUUGUUGCAACACUUGGUGUUGGUGAGAACCAAGGGGGUGUCAAUACAAAUCGGACACAUGUCAGUGACAUUUAACAGCAAAUCGGGGAUGAUUACAGCAGAUGGUUGGGAAUUAAUGGACUCGAAAUCAGAACAUGGCCGGGGAUUUCGAAAAUCAGUUAGGUGCAUUGGAGGUGUUGCACUCUGUUUGCUCUAUCUUCUCCUGCUGGCUAUUAUCAUAGCCAUGGUGGGCCAAUACAUUAGACGAAGCCCUCUGAAAGACACUCAACAACCGUCCAAUGGUCUCACCACCUGUCCCAAUCUGACUUCACAAUGUUUUCAGUUGCAAGGCAAAUACAGCACCUUGUUAGAAACCAAUAAUCAGUUAGAGACCAAGCUCUGUUCUCUGACUAAAGAGAAGGACACUGUCAAAGCGGAGCGAGACCGCCUUCAAAAUGAGCGAGAUAUCCUUCGGAACCAGCGAGAUGUUCUCGAAAAUGAGCGGAACUCCCUCCACAGUGAACGCGAUGCCCUAAAAAUUGAACAAGGAACCUACAAGACUGACCUAGACACACUCCGAAAUGAGCAGGAGAUCCUUAAAAACGAGCGAGACACCCUCGAAAUUGAGCAUGGAGUCCUAAAAAAGGAGGAAGAAAAGCUAAAAAGUGAGCGGGAUUUGCUAAAGGAUGAGAAAGAGACCCUACAACAUGAGCGAGACACGCUUCAAAUUCAGCAUGACGUUCUCAAAAGUGAGGUUGACACUCUCAGGUCUGAUAAAAGCACCCUCCAAAAGGAGCAAGAAGCUCUUAAACGUGAGCGAGAUGCCCUCAAAAAUGAGAAAGAUACCCUCCAAACUGAGCGAGACGGCCUCAGGACAGAGCGGGACAACCUCACGGUUGAACGAGACCAACUGAGUUUAGUGUCCAGCAACCUGACCAAAGAGCUGGAGGUGCUGCAGAGCCGAUUCAGCAAAGUGGCUGCAAGUCGAGAUGGCUUAAAGGAGGAGGCUCAAGAAUUAAAUAGGAACAGAUCAGUCAAACUUUGCCCAACAAAGUGGGUUAAAUUCAAGGAGAAAUGCUACUACAUCUCUGAGAAAGGUGAAACUAAGUCAUGGAGAUCGAGUAGAAGAGACUGCCAAGACCGAGGAGGUGACCUGGUCAUUGUCACUUCUAAAGAGGAGGAAAAUUUUAUCUCUGUAUAUUAUGAUCGAGUGUGGAUCGGUCUCUCUGACUUGGAGCAUGAGGGCAAGUGGAAGUGGGUGAAUGGGAACAAACUGGACUUUGAAGGAUUUUGGCAAAAAGGGGAACCGAAUGAUGAUAUCAGUGCAGAGGACUGUGUGGAGCAUUCCCAUUCAGGAGGGGGAUGGAAUGACAUGCCCUGUUCUGAGAAACUUUCUUGGAUUUGUGAGGAUUAACAUGAUUUGUUUGUUUCAUUUGUGCGUGUGUGUGUGUGUGUGUGUGUGUGUGUGUGUGUGUGUGUGUGUGUGUGUGUGUGCGUGCGUGCGUGCGUGCGCAUGUACAAGCGUGUGCGUGCGUUUGUGCAUUAGUGUAACAGAAAAUCAUGAAAAAAGAAAUCAUCCAUGGUCAAACAAUGACCUCCAUAUUUGUUGUUGUUGUUGUUGUUUAUUGUUUAUUGAACAUAAAACAUAUACAGUAAUAAUUUGACAGAAAAUAAGGUAGAUAAGGUCAUAAGAAAGAAAUCAGUCUUCAUUCAACACAGUUAUUAUGUACAAGCAAUGUUUUCAGUUACAUUUCAACAUUCAUUUGUUCUCACACUGUCAUAUGAGUUUCCAACAUUAACCACUGUGCUAAUAAAGAAAAAGGAAAUUGAAA